UUUCAGUAACCGUCGCGUUUCCUUGUAAAGUCUGAAUUUUUUGUUUCUUCAUAAAUCAUUGUAGUAAUUUUAAUUUAUAAGUAAAAAUAAUAAAACUAUUAAGUUUACUUGAAAAACAAACAAAAUAUUUUGAUACUUAAUACAUUAUUAGUUUAAAAAAAAUCGGCUCAAUGAAACAAUUAAAGAUGAACAAGAGUGAAUUUGCUGGGCUUUCAUAUAAAGAGCUACAGGCUAUUGCUUCAGAAUAUCAUGUUCCGGGAAAUAUUAAGAAGAAAAUAUUAAUCAAAGUUUUAGAUGCUAUUAAAGCUGGUAAUGAUUUAGAAGUAGCUAAGUUACUAAGUGAUGUACAAAAUACACGUAAAAAACGAACUAAAAAGUUAAAACCUAAUAAAAGUAUGGAAAAACCAAUCGCUUCAUCAUCCCAUUUUUCGAAUUAUCCAGCAGAAAAUUAUUUAUUACAGGUGCCAUGUCAAUGGCCUCAAAACAUUCCAACAUCUUCAGAAGAACGCGUAACCAAAGAUGACAAAUUAUUUGUACCUAAUUAUGCAGAUUUUCGACAAUUUUUUAUGCGUUCAGGUUAUCAGAAUGAUAUUAAAUUGAAUGAACGAUCAUACAUGAAUCCAUCAGUCGUAGAUUUACGAGUUGCGGAAGCUUCAUUAGUUCAAGCAAUACCUCUUGAUCUUCAUCGUGGGAAGAAUCUCUUUAUGGCUCCUGAACAGGAUAUUUCCAAUGUUAAUUAUCAAAUAAUUGAUACAGACAAUAAUUUUCAAACUCCUCUUAUACUGAAGAAAAUGCUUCAAGCACCGAUGGGUGUGAAUUUAAAAGAAAUUGCUAGUUCUGAUGGAAUGUGUAAAAUCAUUUCGAAAGAAGAAAAUGUAUCAAAUAAUUUUAUGGAUGAUUCAGAUACUUUAACCGCUGAAUCAGAAACCAAUGAAAAUGAUGACGUUGAUAAUAAUGAUAAUUAUUUUUGCAUUAUCAAUAAUGAAAAGAAUUCAUUUAAUCUACAUUCAAAUGUAGGUCUACAAGAUGGUAUAAACGAGGUUAACAGUAAUGGUAAUUUUAUGGGCGAUAAUGAAAAUCAGUAUCGAGUAAUUUAUCAAUCAGAAAAUCAGUAUCAAAAGUGGCCAGAUAGUAAUUCCUUGCAUCAACAUCAACUAUUUCCAAAUACUGAAAUGUAUCAAAAUUUCUAUUUUGAUAAUCUUCAGGCUAAUAAAAAUAAUACUCAAAAUCCAUAUGAUUUCAUUAAUAAUCAAGUGCCUUAUGAUAUCAACCAAAUAGUCUCUAAUCCAUCUGAUACUUAUUACAAUGAAAAUUCUUUUCCUCAAUUAAAUAAUCAUAUUUAUCAUAAUAACUACAAUCAAAAAGAUAACGAUAUUGAUCAUGGUUAUUAUCCACAAUGUCUUCAAGAUAAUAAAGAUUUUCUACCUGGAUUUAAUUCAACACAAUCGAAUAGUUUCGGAAAUCUUAUGGAAAAUGAAGGGAGUAAUCGCUCUGGAGGAUACUAUUUAGGAUAUGAAAACGCUACAGAAUUCGCAGGAAAUAAUCAUCUUAUUAAUACGAAUCUCGUAAACAAUACUAAUACCAAUGGUAAUCAUUGCAACAAUGUUGAUAAGUUUAUGUUAAAUCAAUCCAAAGAUUGUUUAGGUGAGUAUUGGCCACAUUGGACUCAAUCAAAUACUGAACUAUCAGCAUUUAGAGAAACUAAUCAGCAUUUAGAGAAUGUAUUGAAUCUUCAUGAUCCUACAAAAGUCGAUACAACGAAAAUUCAACAAACAUCGAGUGUUUACUGUUAUGCGGCCCCAGUUGUUUCACCAAAACCAUUAACUGAUUUGGCUAAAGUUUGUUCACAACAGAAACGUUUUAUCGCAGAAGCUCGUCGAAAUUAUUUUUCUAAGUAUCAGAUGUACAAUGACAGUUCUACUGGACGUAAUAUGGCUAAUUCUCAUGCUUCAAAUGAUAUAAAUCAAAAACAGGAUAAUCAUGACAAUCAAUCUGUUCAAGAUGCCAAUAAAAAUAUAAUUAGUGCAGAAAUUGAUUUCGCUAUUUAAUUGCAAUAUAACAUAAUUGCAAUAAUUUCAAUUAUCUACAUAAUCACGCAUAUUAUCAUAAUUGAAAUCAAAUAAUAUCUAUGUUUUUUAGUACAUAAAAAAAAAGUACAAAAUAUAAUUACAUACAAAUAUAUUGUAAAUAC